AUAUUGCUUGGAGAUUCCUAAAAAACGUGGGCAGUACCAAAACCUACGGAAGAGAUCAAGAAAUUAGCUGAGAUCUAUCCUUUUAUUCCCUUCUCAAAUGAGGAAUUUCAAGAGUGGUGCCUUCCUUGGAAUGAUGAUAUUGUUCUCACGGUAUUAAGUAAGAUGAUACCCAAAAACCUUAAGGGUUGCCUGACUUGCAUCUGGGGAUUCUUGGCCUUCAAUCUAGCUGACCUUCCUAACAAUUAUUUCGUGGUUUGUUUCACUGAUAAAGAUUCUAGGAAGGAGCAUUGUAAAAAAACUUUGCUCGAAAGCCCUUGGUUGUUUGCAGGUUACUGUGUUGCUAUUCAAAAAUGGACUCCCUACUUUGAUCCGAUGAAUAAUCCUUUAAGAAGGAUGAUUGUGUGGGUAAGAAUCCCUAAAAUCCCCAUGCAUGACUACAACCAACUUUUUCUUAUGAAGCUUGGGGAGAUGAUUGGCAAACCUAUUAAGGUCGAUAUGAAUACUGUCUCGGAGAUUGCUCAGGUUGAUAAAGAAAAUGAUCGUGGCAGAUUAGCCAGAAUAUGGCACCAGGAAGGAAGUUUGCCCAUGGAAGAAUGCUUUAUUGCAUGAUGAUAACCAUAAACAUAUGGAAGGUCAUGAUGAACUUGUUCCUCAACAUAGAACGACGGUGCUUGCUUCGGCGUCCGGAGAUGCGUUCGGAAUUUGAAUGCUUGGCCCUAACAUGUAAAAACCUCAGUUCUAGAGAUGUCCCAAAAAUCGUCCAGCUCAGAGCGAGUAGGGAAGCAAUUCUAAGUCAAUGCGAAAAGUGGAUGUCUAGAGCUUGUGUCGCAUUAUGCGGCUUUAGCAAACAUAGAAUUCUAAGUCAACGUGUCAUGUGGUGUGCGUUUAGACUUCUUGGAAUAGUUUAAGUGUGAAAAAGGAGUGAGUUUAGUUUUAGGUGGCUAACAUUUUUAUGUGUCAUUGAUUUAAAAUGCAACUAGUGCCAUUAGCUAGCUUAUUAUCUAAGCUUUCUAUGAACACUUAGGUCAAUCAUAAUAAAACAUUGGACAAAAGUUUGGGGAGUGUCAAGAGUUUACUCUUGGUACUAUGGUUUGAUAGCAUUGAUGCUGCCAUUAUUCUGCAGUUCACCACGA